AUGUGCAUUUUCUCCCUGGCAGUGGACGUGAGCGAACCCUUAACUGCAGUAAGCAGAUGUCCUAUCUGCUCAGCCUACCUUGAAAAGCCAGUGCACCUGAAGUGUGAAUGCAGCAUCUGCCUCGACUGCAUCAAUGCACUGCAGAAGGUGCCCCGUGUGGAGGGUUUAUUGUGCCCCUUCUGUUGGGUGAUUUCUCUCAAGAAUGACAUCAGGCCCAAUCGGCAGCUGGGGCAGCUGGUGUCCAGUAUCAAGGAGCUGGAGCCCCAUCUGAAAGCUGUUCUACAGAUGAACCCAAGGAUGCAGAAGUUCCAAGUGGAGGUGACCUUGGAUGUUGACACGGCCAACAACCGCCUUCUUAUUUCCAAUGACCUCAGGAGGGUCCGACGUGGGCACAUCAGACAGAAUCGGCAAUUGCUCCCUCAGAGGUUUGACGCUGGAAUCUGUGUCCUGGGCUCCCCUCGCUUCUCCUCUGGCCGCCAUUACUGGGAGGUGGACGUGGGAAAAAGCACAGCAUGGGACCUGGGAGUUUGCAGAGAAUCUGUUCCCCGACAAGGACUGAUGGAAAUGUCUCCAGAGAGUGGAUUCUGGACUGUGAGUUUGAGGG